UGGAAUCUCUCUGCCUAUAUAUAUAUAUAAGCAUCUGAUUAUAAGGACUCUCCGUUCCAUCUUUUCUCAUCCCCAUAUCACAACCAAUUCAGAGGACACAUACAAAAUGAGGCCUGGGGCAGGGUGGGACGCGAAAGGCGGCGGCGGCACCGAGGCGACACCGCCGUACCCGGCCUCCUCGGCAUGGCGCUCUCCAGUUCCGUACCUGUUCGGCGGGCUAGCGGCGAUGCUGGGUCUCAUCGCGUUCGCCCUCCUCGUCCUCUUCUGCUCCUUCCGGCAUCUCUCCGGCGGCGAAGCAGACGGUGAUGGGGAAGCCCCGAGCGAUGGCGGCGACGAGGCCAAGCCCCCGCUGCUCUUCGAGGAUAGCAUCGUCGUCAUCAUGGCCGGCGACCGUAAGCCCACCUUCCUUGCCACCCCCAUGUCCAGCCGCGCCGCUUCCUUCAAGGACAAAGUUGAUGAGGCCGGUAAUGACGGGGAGAAGGCAGGGAGCACGGCGACCUGACCGCGUAGUGUAGAGACCUAUGUUUGGCAAGUCUCACAUAGUCCCAUAUCAGGAAAAUCAAGUUUGAUAUCUCCUGUUUAAACUAUAAAUAAGGGUCUGGACUUUGAAGUCAGAUACACUAUAAGAAAAUUUUAAGUGUUUACUUUCGGUUUAA